UGCGCACACCUGCCGGCCCGACGCGGGGGCGCCUGGCAUGCCCAAGAGCCUCCAUGACCUGAAGAGCCGCAAUGACAUCCAGAGGCUGCCCGGGCAGCGGCUGGACAGGCCGGGCAGCCGCAAGCGCCGGGGAGACCAGCGCGACCUGGGCCACCCCGGGCCACCUCCCAAGGUUGCCAAAGCUAGUCAUGACCCCCUAGUCCCCAACUCGUCCCCCCUCCCCACCAACGGGCUCAGUGGGAGUCCGGAGAGCUUCCCCAGCCCCCUGGAUGGCAGUGGGCAUGCAGGCCUGGAGGGCAGCCCCCUGGAGCCCAGCGAGAACGACAGGCACAGCAGCAAGAUUCCCAUCAAUGCCGUGCGGCCGCACCCCAGCUCCCCUAGCCUGGGCAAGCCCCCCGGCCCCUGCUUGCAGACGAAGGCUUCUGCGCUGCAGCAGCUGGACAGGGUGGACGAGACCCCGGGCCCUCCCCACCCCAGGGGGCCCCCCCGCUGCUCCUUCAGUCCCCGGAACUCACGGCACGAGGGCUCCUUUGCCCGGCAGCGGAGCCCAUGUGCGCCCAAGGGCUCUGUGCCCAGCCCCCCAGCACGGCCCCAGCCGCUGGAUGCCACGCAGGUGCCGUCACCGCUUCCGCUGGCCCAGCCGUCCACGCCCCCUGUGCGGCGGCUGGAGCUGCUGCCCAGCGCUGAGAGCCCGGUGCGCUGGCCAGAGCAGCCCGAGGGCCACCAGCGGUUGGUGGGGCCCGGCUGCAAGGCCGGCAUGCCUGCGGCUGAGCCCCUUCUGGCUCGCGCUGGCUUCUCCCCGGACUCCUCCAAGGCGGACAGCGACGCUGCCUCCUCGGGCGGCUCAGACAGCAAAAAGAAAAAGAGGUACCGACCUCGAGACUACACGGUGAACUUGGACGGGCAGGUGGCCGAGGUGGGUGUCAAGCCUGUCCGGUUAAAAGAGCGGAAGCUCACCUUUGACCCCAUGACCAGACAGAUCAAACCUCUGACCCAGAAAGAGCCAGUACGGGCAGACAGCCCUGUGCACAUGGAGCAGCCACCCAGGACAGAGCUGGACAAGCCGGAGGCCAAGGCCAGCCUCCAGAGCCCCUUUGAGCAGACGAACUGGAAGGAGCUGUCGCGCAAUGAGAUCAUCCAGUCCUACCUGAGCCGGCAGAGCAGCCUGCUGUCGUCCUCGGGCGCGCAGACCCCGGGGGCUCACCACUUCAUGGCCGAGUACCUGAGGCAGGAGGAGAGCAGCCGGCGUGGGGCCCGCCAGCCGCACGUGCUGCUGCCACUUGGGCCCCCCUCCGACCGCCCGGGGCUCAGCCGGGAGGUCACGCAGGGUGAUCUCGACAGAAUCCAGGCCGGCCACUGGCCGGGGGUUAACGGGUGUCAGGACACACAGGGUAACUGGUAUGACUGGACGCAGUGCAUAUCGCUCGACCCGCACGGCGAUGACGGGCGCUUGAACGUUCUGCCUUAUGUCUGCUUGGACUGACCGGCCGGCGGCCACAAAGUGCAUUCCCACCUUGCAGGAGCCAGGGCGGCGGGGCGACCCCGGGAGGUGGGCCCAGGUGCGGGGGGCGGGGGCGCGCUCUGCCCUCCAAACUCCUUCUUUUGUGAAAUGCUGCUACCAGUUUACUAACAAAAUUGCAAAGGAAGGACCGCCAGGAGGAAGGACGGCAAAGUGAGUUGAGAACUCCACAGCAAGCCAGCCACACGGCGUUUGUCCCCAGUCCAGGACGCCCGACCGCUGGCUGGGCCCUCAGUAGCAGGCAGGCACAGACAACCUGUGGGAGAGGUUACCUUUAACAGUGACAGACGCACGCAUCUCAUCUCUUGCAUUCUCUGUCCACGCGGCCCGGGCUCUCGAAGGCAGUGGGCUGCACCUCAGCCUCUGUCCGCACCCCACCCAGCCACUUGUUGAGCCAGUGUUUUCUUUCCGUCGCGUGCUGGAAGCUUCUCAGCUGCGGCGAGCU